AUGGACGUGGAAAACCCCGACACUCUCAAACCGAUCGACUCGGGCGACCAAAGUGCCCAAGAUGCGCACGAUUUGGCGGCCAUGGGCCAUGACCAGGUCCUGACCCGCAAGUUCGAUAUCUGGAGCAUGCUGUCGCUUGCCUUUUGUGUUUUAGGCACCUAUUCGACCUUUGCCCAGGAUCUCGACAGCGGACUCACCAAUGGAGGGCCGAUCGCCAUCCUUUGGGGUCUGGUCCUGGUGACCGCAUGCAAUCUCUGCGUUGCCGUCUCCCUCGGGGAGCUGACCAGCAGCAUGCCCACCGCGCUGGGCCAGGCCUACUGGGUGUUCCGCCUGUGGGAGACCCCGCUGGGCCGCUUUGCCUCCUACAUGUGUGCCUGGAUUAACACCUUUGGGUGGUGGACCCUGACGGCCUCGCAGGUGGCGUUCAUGACGGAGUUCCUGCUGGGGAUGAAAGUGCUGUUUGAUAACUCGUGGGGCGGGGCGGGCACCGGGUGGCUGGAGUUUGUCGUGUAUAUCGGGUGUGUGCUGCUGCUGACGGUGAUCAACCUGCUCGGGUGUCGCAAGGAGAAGGCCCUGCCCUGGUUGAACAACUUUGUCGGCGUCUGGUUCACGGCGCUGUUUGUGAUCCUCUCGCUGGCGCUGCUCAUCUCGGUCGGAGUCCGGAAGGGGCUUUCCUUCCAGCCGGCGUCCUUCGUGUUCGGGGCGUGGAUGAACGAGACCGGCUGGGACGACGGGGUGGUGUGGUUCAUCGGACUGGUGCAGGCGGCCUACGGGCUGACCGCCUUCGACGCGGUCAUCCACAUGGUGGAGGAGAUCCCGGCGCCGCGGCGUAACGCCCCCCGCGUGAUCUGGCUGUCGGUGCUGAUGGGGGCGAUCACGGGAUUCAUCUUCAUGGUGGUGUGCUUGUUCUCGAUCCAGGACGUGGACGGGGUGAUCAACUCCGCGACGGGCCUACCGUUCAUGGAGCUGAUGCUCGAGACGGUCGGACUGGAGGGUGGCGCCACCUUGCUGGCGCUGUUCAUCUUCAACGGCCUCGGCCAGGGCAUCAGCAUCCUGACAACCGCCUCCCGACUGACGUGGGGCUUCGCGCGCGACGGUGGCCUUCCCUGGAGCGGGUAUCUGGGGCAUGUCGACCCGGUGUGGAAGGUGCCGGCGCGCGCGCUGUGGUUCCAGGGGGUGCUCAUCGCGUUGGUGGGCGUGCUCUACCUCUUCGCCAACACCGUGCUGCAGGCCAUCCUGAGCGUCAGCACCAUCGCCCUGACCAUCUCCUAUGGCCUGCCCAUCGCUGCCUUGCUGAUCGUCGGCCGCGACAAGCUCCCGCCCGGCGAGUUCCACCUCGGCCGCUGGGGCGCACCGAUCAAUUGGAUCAGUGUGAUCUAUUGUGUGGUCACGACGAUUUUCUUUCUCUUCCCGGGCGCCCCCAAUCCCUCCGCAAGCGAUAUGAACUGGGCGAUUGCUGUGUUUGGGGUGAUGCUUGUGGUGGCGGUGGGGUUCUGGUUCAUCCAGGGAAGACACACGUACCUGAAGACUGAGGAUGCAAUCGCGACGAUGGUCCAGGCGCAGCAGUUGGAGGUGGAUCCUGCUGCUGAACCGGAGAAGAAGUGA